AUGGCAACAGCACAAUAUAGUGCAUUGUUUCCACAUGUUGCACCACGUUGUAGAGAACUUCUUCAUAUACUCGUACAUGGUGCCGCUAAUUUACCUAAUAUAGGUAAUCGUUUACCUCAAUAUUAUGUUACAGCACAAAGUCACACAACUGUAGCAGGAGAAGAUAAUGUAGAAACAAUAAAUGCAACAAAUUAUGUUGAAGGUAUUUCACCUCAAUGGAAUGAAAUGAUUUAUGUAGACAUAUCAGAAGAUAAAAGUCAAUCGGAAGGAGUUAUUUUUUUUAUUAUUGAUGAAGUUAGUAAAAAGAAAAUCGUUGAAUAUCAUUUACUAUGGAGAUGGUUAGCACCAUUCUAUGAAUAUCAUUUAAAUUUACAAAAGACAUUACCACAAACAUCUCAAACAACUUGUUUAUAUGUUUCAAUAAUGAAGAAACAAAGUUCUUUAUCAAAAGAAAAUAUUCGAUAUUUUGGUUUAGAAGCAUUAUUAAAUGGAUUUGAUGUACCGAUUACAAAUAGUCAAUCAAGUUAUGUUAUUGCACGAAUUGUACCUGACUAUAAAUCUUAUAGGCAUUCAAAACGUCCAAUAUGGAAACAUGACUUUUUCUUUUCGCAUGAUAAUGAAAAAGAUAAUAUGUUUACAAAUCCAAAUAGUGCACUCGUAUUUGAAUUUUAUCCAUUACAAAAUAUUGGUAAUAAUACAAGAUGGCGUAUAGCAGGUUUACUUGGAUGGACAACUAUUCUAUUAGAUACACGAUUAUUAAACGCACUUUCAUCAUCAGCUGCACGAGAAGGCAUGAGAACUGAAGGUCUUAUGAUCAAUAGUGAAGGUGAUUUAGCACCAGAAACUGCGAAAUAUUUAACAGCUGAAGUUGUUCUUCGUCUUGUUACUGAAAGGCAUCCAACAAAAAAUCUUCUUUCAUCAUCAGGUAAUAAUUUACCUGUAUUACCUUCAUAUUAUAAUCAAGGUAUUCAACAAAAUGGUACUGAACCUGUUUAUAUACAAGUGCCUAUGUCACAGAAAAACUUUUUACCAGCAAUAAAAUCACCAACAUUACCACCGCCUGUUGCUCGUUCACCUAUACAAGCAGCUCAACCAACAUUUCUUCCACCACAAUUGUAUCAACCACCUCAAUAUGAUUUUGUACAAAGUGCUCCACAAGCACCAGCAGUAGAUAAUACUCGUUAUCGUAUUCCACGUAUUAAUCCAUAUGAUUUGGAUGAUAUUCCAACAGAAUAUCGAGCUAUGUUAGCAACAAAUUAUCCUCCACGUCGAGAUGAUGAUAUUAAUGGUUGGUUUGAUUAUUUUGAACGUGAAGUUGCACUUUAUAAACAAGCUAUUCGACGUAUUAUACAAGAUGUUACACAAUUACGUGAUCAACAUAAAACAUUAACAGCAGCAAAUGCUGAUUUACGAACAAAAAUAGAAAAUUUUGAAAAGAAAAAAAAAGUUUUAUAUGAAAUUUUUGAAGGUGAUAAAAUUGAUAAAGCUAAAAUUCAAGAUAUAUUUAAUCGUUUAAAUGCUAAAAUAUCUGCUCAAUCACUUGAAUUAAAAGAAAAUUAUGCAAAAAUAAUUGCUCAUGAAAAAGAAUUAGCUCGGCGAGGUGAAUUACGUGCUCAAUAUGAUGCAUUAGUUCGUUCAAGUCAAGCACGUGAAGUAGAGAUUAAAUUAUUACAACAACGAAUAGGUAAAGCUGAUGGACUUGAAGAAACAGUUCGACGUCAAGAAAUGGUUAUUGAAAGACUUGAAUCAAUGAUUAAUAAUUAUAUGAAACAAAAACGAUUAGGAGGAGCAUUUAAUGAUAUUGAUAGAAACUUUUUAUCUGAACAUGCUGCACUUGGUUUAGAAACUCAACAACUUCAAAGACGAGUAUCUCCUGGACGUCAUACAGCAAUGGUAAAUAGUCAUCGAGACGAUCUUCUUCAACAAAAUAUAGCUUAUCAACAAGAAUUAGCUACGCUUAAAGCUCGAUUGCAAGAAAAUUCAGCUGCAUGGGGAAAAGAAAAAGUUGAAUUACUUUCGAAAAUCAACGAUAUGGAGCCAUUGUCACCUACACCACCGACACGAAUACGAAAACCAAAGCCUUAUUAA